AUGUUCCUCGUUCGCCGCUUUCCCCAGGAGAUUCUCGACCUAAUCGUGGAUGCAGUGGCGCAAAAUGAAGACACGACUUAUGACGUCGACUCACCUGGGGAAGACUCAUUGCGAGCCCUUUCUCUCGCUUGCAGGGCAACGAGCGGUCGGAGCCAGAAACAUAUCUUUUCCUCUAUCGUAGUCACCUAUGACACUGUCCUCCGGCUACAUGCUACAUUACUCAACUCACCGCACCUCGCGAAGUACACCAAGGAGUUCACAAUCCAGGAGUACAGGGAGGCCUUCCCUGUCUCAACCUGCCGCGAUCCCCUACAGUUCAUAAUGGCGUCAUUCCAUGGACUGACACGUCUCAACCUCUGGCACAUCAUGUCUGACGCAUGGGAUUUCUCCUCGUGCCUACCCUCCACGCUUCCGUCACUUAGGACACUGCAAAUCUGCGGCUGCACCCUGCCGUCUCACGGCGCUCUUCGUCGAAUCGUAGAUUCCAUGCCGCAGGGCGGUGCACUUUACCUAGAAGACGUCAGCUUUCUGGAAUGUCCGGUGAAAGCGCUCUCAAACCUGGACUCGGCGUCUUGGUCCUUCUCGGAUCUGGACCUUUUUGAUUACUGCCUAGACGAACCCGAGGAUGUAGUGAUAGCGUCCAUGAUCAAGAGCGUGGAUCACCUCGACAUGGAAAUAAAGGACUGGGUCGAUCUCCGGCUUUUCCACGCGCUCAUGCAUCCGAGCAAAGGCCUCAAGAAGUUGACGUUGGGGGUGUACUGGGCUCUGAAUCCGGAUGAGAUUGGCGCGCUGUAUGAUGAUGACGCUUCCUGGAGAUGCGGCCUCGCGUUGGAGUGGGUCACGUUGCGUGCGUUGGCCGACGAGAUCGAGCCGGGCGAAGCGGAGGGGGAUGGGCGAUGGGCAACUCGCUUCCUCCUCGCGGUCAACUCCGAAAAGCUUUCAACCGUUCACCUGCGCAUCUCAGACAGCUUUGUUGUUGACUCGCCCGGAUCGCUCUGGCCAGGAUUCGACUGGGCGGCGGUCGACGAGGUGCUUUCCUCCAAAAUCCGGUACCCGACCUUGAAGCACCUCGCUAUACUAUCGACGCGUCGUUGGGGGUGUUUCUCGAAACAGAAAGAACUUGAUGAGCUCCUGUGGAAUCUUCUUCCUAUGUCUGCGGAGAGGGGCAUUUUGUGCGCAAAGCGAGAGACCGGUGCAGAUAUUUGA